AUGGAGGCGGACGACGCGGCGGCGGCGCGACGGCGAGGCGACGACGACGAAGCCGCGCGGCUGUACGCGGCGCGGCUGGGAGACGCGCGCGCGUCGUCGACGACGCACGUGCGGUACGCGCUCGCGGCGAAGGCGUGCGGACGCGCGGCGAGCGACGCGGCGGCGUUCGAGGCGACGCUUCGUCAGGGACUCGAGCGAGCGAUGCGCGAGGCGGCGGAGGACGGCGUCGAAGACGUCGGCCGGGACGCGCGCGCGCGCGCGAUCGGAGGGCAGUUGGCGCUGAGUCUGUGUCAACGAGGGGCGAACGAAGACGCGAGCGAUCUGUUGGAGUUUUUGGGGUACUCGCGAAGGCUUUCCGAGGAGGUGUUGAGGUACGCGGAGGAGGGCGCGCGCGAGCGAGCGCCGGAGGACGUCGCGCGCGUCUACGACGACGCGCUGGACGCGCGCGCGCUGCGGUUUCUCGGCGACGCGUUCGCGAGACGCGGCGCGUCGACGUUUUGGAUCGAGCACGAUUACUACGCGCCGGAGACUGGAUUCUUUUCGUACGUGCACGACGUGCCGUCGCGGAGAGAGAAUAAGAUGGACGCCGUCGUGGACAUGGUCAAAGACGUCGCGUCGCGCGCGUUUCCGGGCGUGAAACGCGCGAGGUACGCCGAGUGGUGGGCGCACUCGCGUCCGCACACCGACGGGCACCAACUCCACUUCGAUUCGCACGACGAAGGGCUGGGCGAGGUGAGGCAUCCGAUUUGUUCCGCCGUCGUCUUCGUCGACGGAUGUUGCGGCGGGCCGACGCUCGUGACGAAUCAAAAGGACACGAGCGCCGAGCUCGCGAGCCGCGCGUGGCUCGUGUACCCCAAAACCGGGAGAGUCGCCGUUUUUAACGGCGACUAUCUUCACGGCGUGGUUCCGGGACGCGUCGCGGACGACGGGUUCGAUCCCGAGUUCGCGUCGCGCCGGCGAAUCACGCUCAUGAUUUCGUUUUGGGAAGACACGGACGUGCACCACUCUUGGACGCCCGCGGGAAGCGCGCGACCGUUCCCUCCGCGAGACGCCCCGGGCGUCUCGUGGCGUUCGCGUUUCGAUUUCGCCGCCGACGACGACUUCGCCGCCGAAGCCGCCGUCGGCGUGGAGCGCACCGACGCGAAAACAGUCGCGAUUACCGGAACAGACGAUGACUACAAACUGUCGACGCGACACGCGACGCUGCUCGACGCCGUGGACGCGGCGUCGGUCGCGUUGGAAUCCUUCUUCGCGACCGCAAAGGUGAAGAACGCGCACGAGGCGCACGAGCGCGCGGCGCACGAGGUGUUGCGGCAUUUCAGAGGGACGCUCGGGACGCUCGGGACGCCGCGAGAAGAGACGACGGACGCUUUCGAUGAUCCACCGGAGAAACGAACGAAGACGGAGGACGGAGAGGCGGGGAAAAAGAAAAAGGACGAAGAGAUGGACGCGGAGGCGCGCGAGGACGCGAUCGGACGGGCGGGAGAUGUGUUGCAAAACAUGUUGCGAGAGACGCAUCGUUUGCACGUCAACGCGAGCUGUCGGGUGAACACGCGAGCGCCCGAGGUGAAGCGCGCGCGGGAUAAUUUGACGCGCAUACGACGAGAGGCGAGGGAAUUGUAUAAGAAGAUUGAUCCGCGAGGGUACGAGCGCGAUCGCGAACGAGUGCGGAUGAUGGCUGAGGAGACGCAGGCGGCGCUGGAUUUUAAAAUUACGCGAUUCGAGACGCCGCCGAAGGAUUUGGCCGAGCUUCGCGCGAAAUGCCCGGUAAUGUCCAGCACCGGAUCACCGCAUCACUUGUGCGCACACUUGUGCUAUUACCGCGAGUACGAGCCCGCGCGGCAGAUGUACGUGUUGCGAUGCCGCGCCGCCGAGGCAAACGGCAACGCCGCGGCGCUAGACGGUUGGCGCGCCGAGCUCGCGGUGCGGCCCGCGGAAGAUAUUCCCGCCUUCAAUCGCUCUCGCGCAGACACGCGCGGCACGGCGUCGGGAGCUUGCUCGCUCAAACACUUACCGUGGAUGGUGGAGUUCAUAGGCCCGGGCGGCGAGCGGUUCAAGGAUGGCAUGGACGUGUUGAACUUUGUCGCCGUCGAGUGCGACAAGCUUUCGUGGCCACGGGCCAGUCACGGUGGUAACGGCGUUCGUGAGGCAAGAGUGAGCGAAGACGGGUUGAACGACCAGACCGAGCUCCUACGCGCGGCGUUGUGGGACGAAGACACCGACGGUACGGCCGGAACGACGCCCGUGCGUCGAAGCUUCACGCGCAUCGCGCGAUGCGUCGAUGAGACGCGCACGCCGUUGCGUCUCGCUCCCGAUCCGCUCGCGAACGAAAACGACGAGAACGAUGACGGCGAGAAAAUAAAUGAGUCCGUCGUUCUUGCGGCGGCAAACGCGUUCGACGACGAAACGCCGGGGCAAACGCCGACGAAAACGCCGCUCAAAGACCAACAAGGCGGCGACGCCGCCGCGUCGCCGCCCGGAAGCGGCCCCGAACCCGUCCGUCAUUGGUGGGCGCCGCCAUUAUCGCCAUUCGGUUUACUAGAAGAAAUUCUCUGGCAGGACGAGUGGAAACUUCUCGUGUCGUGCAUGAUGCUCAACUGUACGACGCGUUUGCAAGUCGAUCGCGUGCUUUGGCGUCUCUUCCUCCUGGCGCCCACGGCGGCGGCCGCCGUCGAGCUCGGCGACACGCACGAAGGACUCGAAGCCCUCGAGCGCAUCAUCGCCCCGCUCGGAUUACACCGCAAACGCACGAAUGCGUUCGUCAAGCUCUCGCGAGACGUCGAGGCACAGCGCGCAAAGUACGGAGGUCGCAUUAAAAACGUCUCCGCGUGUCACGGCGUCGGCGUCUACGCCGCCGACGCCCACGCCCUCUUCGUCGACGGCGUCCUCGCCGGUCCACCGCGCGACCACGCGCUGCGUUGGUAUCACGCCUGGGCGCACGAACGUCGCGAGAACGCGGCGAAAAGCGCCCCAAAGCGCACUUAG